AUGCCGGCAUUAAAUCCAGAGUCAACAAAAUCAGGAGCUUCAAACGGAGUGCAUAAAGAGCACAAAAUGUCAUACCCUGAAUUUGGACUUCGGAAUAAAUAUCUAGAGGACGUCAACGAUGAUUUUCUCUACCAUUUUGGCAUAGGAAUCAAGACUGUGGACAUGCCGAAAGUAUUCGGUGACACGAAGUUUGUUUGCACUGGUGGUUCUCCUACCAGGCUGAAGCUCUAUGCGGAAUGGUUUGCGAAAGAGUGCAAUCUUGAGUGCAGUGAGAAUCUCUCCAAAAGCGACCGCUAUGUCUUGUAUAAAACCGGAAAAGUUGUUUGGGCCAAUCACGGUAUGGGAACGCCUUCAUUGAGUAUCAUGCUUAUCGAGAUGUUGAAGUUAAUGCAUCAUGCCAAAGCAGAGGAUGUUAAAUUUAUCCGAUUAGGAACCUCAGGAGGUGUCGGCGUCGAACCGGGUACAGUUGUCGUCAGUACAAACGCCAUGAAUGGUGAACUCACUGAUAAAUAUGUUCAGUGGAUUGCUGGGAAGAGGGUAGAACGAGAAACAUGGCUUGAUGAAGAUUUACGAAAAGAGCUCCUCGCCCUUGCCGCUGAGAUGAAUAUUCCUGUGGAUACUGGUCUGACAUUAUGCGCUGAUGAUUUUUAUGAAGGUCAAAUGCGUCUCGAUGGAUUUUUCUGUGAUUACAAAAAGGAUGAAAAAUUCGAGUUCCUCAAGAAGCUUCAUGAAUUAGGCGUUCGAAAUAUUGAAAUGGAAAGUACAUGUUUUGCGUCAACGACAUACCGUGCCGGAGUCAAAGCAGCUAUCGUUUGCGUCACGUUACUAAAUCGAAUGAAAGGUGAUCAAGUGGUAAUCGACCACGACCAGUAUAUCGAAUUUGAAGAGCGGCCAUUCCGACUUGUCACAGCGCUCAUUAAGAAGCAGCUUGGAUAUGCUUGAUUACUUCCUCUUUAUAAACACCCACCAAACUUGUGCACAUUGUCUGAGGUUGUGUUACUGUGAUUUAUUCUUCACUUCUAAGUCAAUUAUUUCACUUUUGUUUGCUUUGUUCCUUGUUGCUAUACACCAAAAACUGGUGAUAUAUGAAAGCUGAUAUAACAUAUGCAUGUUCGAGAAGGCAAGCCAUCAUACGCAGAGAAAGUGUGCUAUUAUGAAUUCAUCUGCGUCACCAUGCUAGAGCGC